CAGUGGGUAGUUCAGUGUAACAGCUUUUGGCGCUUACAAACCUAAACUUGUGUGAAUAACAAAACCAAAGUGAAUUUUUUCGCUGAAUUUCUUCAAGUGUAAAAGGAAAACACAAACAAAUUCAAACAACAAAAUGGUCUGCCCAUGUGGAAGCGGUUGCAAAUGCGGUUCGGAGCCUAAAACUGGCAACUGUGGUUGCGGUUCGGCGUGCAAGUGCUGUCCCUGCGGAAGCGGUUGCAAAUGCGGCACACAAACACAAAGUGGCAGCUGCGGUUGCGGUUCGGGCUGUAAAUGUGGUCAAUAGAUAGUGGUAUUACAUUUCAUUUGUAGAAAUAACCGUACCUUAUUAGGUUUAAGUUACACACUUUUUAUUUAUUUCAAAAAUGUUAUUGUUAAAUUAGGCUUAAAAACAUAAUGCAUAUGUAUGUAUAUAUGCAUCUACAAAUAUUAUAAAAGAAUGCAGACUAAAAGUAUAUCACAUUUUGUUAUCAAUAAACAACAUACAUAAAUAAACAAAAAAAUAAAAAAAUUGCACAUAUUUCUCUCUCACAA